CACCGACGAUCACGAUCAGUUGUGUGCGGUUACUCUGAGGCGGACGUUGUGAGGAAACGGAAAACGGUGAACAGUGCUAAAGAAGCGAAAACAAAGUGUAAACAUAGCGGUAAAGUGAAAAUUGAGGUCUUGAUACGCUCGUUCGUUGCUUGUCAGCCUGCCUGUCUGCCUGUUCGUCAUAUGUGAAAACAAAACGAAAAUAUGUUGAAACGAAAAUACGAAGAGUGCACAAAGGCUGCUCCUGCUUCUCUGAUGGUGCUGUCGGGCAAGCAAAUAUGAAUUUUGGUUUAAUAAAUAUUUGGAUUGAAGAAAAGAGCCACCACAACACAUAAUAAAAGUGAAUUAAGCCACACAACAACAACAACAAAAAGAAACACACAAAAUCAAAGCAAAUAUUAAAACAUAAAUGUAUGCAAAGCAAAGUGCGAUAAAGUGAUUUAAAGAAGAAGCUACAGAUUUGCCUGCGGACAUCGAACAACAAAAAAAAAUUAAAUUAACUAAAGAAAAAAUACAACACACACACGCACGCACACACGGACGGACGGACGAAAUCGCUUGGUCAGGCAGACGACCAGUUGCUGGGUUUUUCGAUGUAGUUAUUUUUCUAAAUAAAUACAAGAGAUUAUAAAAGUGCAACAGCAUCAGCAGACAUUCCGGCGCAGCAGACGACCCGAAGAGGAGAUUUAGUUAUAGCAUUUGGAGCAGAAGCCGGGUGCAGAGUAUUAAACAACGGGAUAUUAACACUCACACACACACACCAACACCAUUAAGAUGACAAUACCUCAGACCAUCUGUGCGUGGAUGGUCCUAGUGACAGUGGCGGGAGUUCAAGCUUUUCCAACAUUUCACUCACACAGACAAUCGAUAAAUUGGACACAACCCGAAGAUGAUUGGGAAAUACUUUCGAUACCACGCAGCAUUGUGCCUCAUGUGGAAUUGAAACACUUGGAAAACCGCACCAAUGCCGAAGCCUCAAUUAGCGACGAGGAAUUCCUCGAGCGACUGAAGCGAAUUAAGAACAACACCUCUAAGUCCCGCAUGCUGUGGUAUGACAACACGCCCGACGGUUUGGCUUAUCCUCCAUUCGUGGACAAGGCCUUGAAGCUAUUCAAUUUGAAACAGGUGUCGUAUGAGAUCGAGCAUAGCCUUUUGUCCAAAGUCUCGUGUACGGCAUGCAAAGCGGGAGCCGGGCUUCUGUUGCACUACAUCCAUACGGGCAAGACGGAGGGGGAAAUCAUCAAAAUGAUCUAUCAGUUCUGUUCAAAUCUGAACAUCCAAAGUCCCCGGGUGUGUGAAGGUGUGGCAAACCUUUUCGGCACUGAGGUGGUGUAUGUCUUGCAAAGAACUCCCCUGGGACCAAACGAGAUUUGUAGUUUUGUCAUUGGCGAUGGUUGCGAGGACACCUAUAAUCCCUAUCACGAAUGGGAAGUGGUUUUCCCCCCGGUACCAAAACCUCCCGUAAUGGAAGUUCCUGUACCCAAAGAGGGAGCACCGUUUUUCAAAGUUUUACAAAUCUCCGAUACCCACUAUGACCCCCACUAUGUGGAGGGGUCAAAUGCCGACUGUAAUGAGCCGCUUUGCUGUCGGCUGAGCAGUGGCAGGCCGGCAAAUCCCAAUGCCGCAGCAGGGAAAUGGGGUGAUUAUCGUAAAUGCGACACUCCCAAACGCACCGUCGAUAAUAUGCUGUCGCACAUAGCUGAUACCCACAGCGAUAUUGACUACAUAUUGUGGACGGGAGAUCUACCACCUCACGAUGUGUGGAACCAAACGAAGCAGGAGAAUUUGGAAAUCAUUAAGGAGACAGUACGACAGAUGACGGAGAAAUUCCCCGGCGUUCCCAUCUUUCCAGCUCUGGGCAAUCAUGAGAGUGCUCCGGUCAACAGUUUUCCGCCACCCUAUGUGAAUCAGGUGGAAAAUUCAAUAGCCUGGCUAUAUGAUGAACUUGACGUCCAAUGGCGUCGUUGGUUGCCUCAAAGUGUUUCCCACACCGUGCGGCGUGGUGCUUUCUAUUCGGUGCUGGUUAGGCCUGGAUUCCGCAUCAUUUCCCUGAACAUGAACUACUGCAACAACAAAAAUUGGUGGUUGCUUUUAAAUUCCACCGAUCCAGCAACAGAACUCCAAUGGUUUAUUUAUGAGUUGCAAAGUGCCGAAUUUUCGAAUGAAAAGGUCCAUGUCAUUGGCCAUAUACCUCCGGGCCACUCUGAUUGUCUGAAGGUAUGGUCUCGCAAUUUCUACAAAAUCAUUUCCCGUUAUGAGAACACAAUUAUGGCACAGUUCUAUGGCCACACCCAUUUCGAUGAAUUCGAAAUGUUUUAUGAUCCGGCAGAUUUGAGCCAUCCAAAUAACAUUGCCUACAUUGGACCGUCCGUUUCUCCCUAUUAUGAUCUGAAUCCCGGUUAUCGCAUCUAUUAUGUGGAUGGUGAUCAUGACACAACCACACGUCUGGUAGUUGACCACGAGUCAUGGAUAAUGAAUUUGAAGGAGGCCAACCAUUAUGACUAUCCCAUUUGGUACAAACUGUAUACGGCCAGAGCGGCUUACAACAUGAAGGCACUGCGUCCCGUGGACUGGGACAAUCUCAUAAGUGAGCUGACCGCAAAUCAGGAACUAUUCGAUUUGUAUUACAAGAACUAUUGGAAAAAUUCACCUGUCAGACCUACAUGCGAUGCCGAAUGUCGAAAACGGAUACUAUGCGAUGCCAAGAGCGGACGUUCCCAUGAUCGGCGACACUUCUGUUCAGAGUUGGAGGCCAAGGUCGACGAUGAAUCUGGCAAGUCAUGGAAAUCCUGGAUAUAUCGUGGCCUCAGCAAUUCCUACAGCCUUUUAACUUCCAUAGUUUAUUUGCCAAAAUAUCUAAUGGGGUUUGGCUGAUAUCCACUUGGAGAUGCCUAGAAGGAGUAAAAACUGCGAGCGUGGCGCUGCCUCAAUGCCCCCACUCACACCUUAGAAGGGGAAAGUGGGACCUGGAACAAAGACUUUUUGGUUACAUUAAAGAAGACGUGUCUCAUAUCUCAACGAUCAAUGUUUUUUUAGUCGAUCAAAUUUAUUUCUUUACUCACAACUCAGAGAGAACAGUUUUAACGAACAUUCCAUUGAAACUACUGAAUACAUUUAGUUUAUCGUCUACUUAUUAUUAUUUAAUUACACUCAUAAAUUGUAUUAACACUUAUCAUCAGGUUUAAUUAUAUUAAUUAUGUGAUAGCUUUCUUCGCGUACAUGCAGAUGUAUGCAUUGAGCAUCUGCUGCAUGUGCGCGUUUUUAUUAUAUAUAGCAUAUUAGAAUUCCUUUUAGUUGUUAAUUAUUUUUAAUAAUACGUAUUUUAAGAAUAAAGCCAAAAUAAUUAUUUCCUCGUCUUUAACAACAUCCCCCAGUUCAUUAUUGUUACGACAAGAAACCCUGCUAUUUAUUCCUAAAGAAGUCAUAUCUCAUAAGUCCAUUGUCCCUAAUUUUUACAAAAUAUUUUACUUCAAAAAACACACACACACACGAAAAUAAAUAGAACAAUUUUACAAUUA